AUGAAACCUUCUAUAAACAUACAGUUGUUGACUUGCCUGGCGCUGUACGCGUCAAGCGUGCAGGCGAUCAUGGUGAAGUUCGGCACGAAGGGUGGUCCCAUCGAGCCGCCCACGCCGGAGCCGCAGCCCGCCCUGCCACGGGUCUUCCGUGCGCCUGCGCCGGUCUGGGAGGAACGGUCUAACGACUCGCCCGAUCCAAACGCUCAUUGGCGACCCUUCAUUCCAAAACAAACGUACACCCAAGUCUUCUUCAACUCACCAGCACAGACACAGCAGCAGCUGACCAACGCGCAACGUUUCGUCAACUCCUACAUUCCUAAUCAGCCCAGGGCUGCACCAGGGGAGUACUUUAACCCCGGUCAAGUUCUUAGCUCACAGGCCUUACCUGGAUUCGGUCUGAGGUAUUUUGUGCCUACUAAUGCACAAGCAAACUACAGACAAGAGGAUGCGAAACAUAAUCUGGUGGAAAUCAACCACGUUGAGAAUGUAAGAGAUUCAUCCAGUGAUCUCCUUUGGAAGUACGAGAAAGACGCGGUUAGGAGGACUCUGAGAAAUACGCUGGAGGCCACAGCUCCAGUCUACCAGUGGCAAUGGCCGGUUUAUGUACAACCUCGACAUUAG